UGUUGACAUUGUAAUGGAGAUAAAAUUCGGGUUUGAUCUUUUUGGUCAUAGCAAUAUGGGAAAUGAAUAUCUUAAUGGUACUAAUUCGCAAUUAAAAAUAAGAAGCGUCUCUAAAACAAAAAUUCCACACAAUGAAAGAAACUAUCCAAAUCAUAUUAGACCUGGUAUGCCUAUAGUGGUGUUAAUACAAGCUAAUGAGAAUAAUUACUCAAUUAAUAUUAAUGAAGGAGAUGAUAUCUACUAUCCGUUUACUAUAUUCCCUCAUUGGGCAAUAAAUCGUGUUGAGGUAAAUUUUUAUUUUAUUUAA